UGUAAGGGGACAUUCUACCCACUGGACCCCCAUUGUAAGGGAUCAUUCUUCCCACUGACCCCCAAUGUAAGGGACAUUCUUCCCACUGACCCCCAAUGUAAGGGUACAUUCUUCCCACUGACCCCCAAUGUAGGGGACAUUCUACCCACUGACCCCCAAUUGUAAGGGACAUUCUUCCCACUGACCCCCAAUGUAAGGGCCAUUCUUCCCACUGACCCCCCAAUGUAAGGGGACAUUCUUCCAGCUGACCCCCAAUGUAAGGGUCAUUCUUCCCACUGACCCCCCAAUGUAAGGGAGACAUUCUUCCCACUGAUCACACAAUGUAAGGGACAUUCUUCCCCACUGACCCCAAUGUAAGGAAAUUCUUCCCACUGACC